CGUUGAGAUACCCUUUAAAAUGCGCUUGAGAUUCCUUUGAGAAAUGCUGUGGGAGCCGUCGUUUAGCGGGUGGAGCAAGCAAAUCGGAAAUGGUACCAGCAGAUAAAUCGUCAUCACCCAAACCUCUGAAACGGGAAGCAGGCGGUGGUUGCUCACCGCCAAGCUGUAGCUACUCAUCGACCCACUAUAAUUCUCCUAACGUGGAUUGCUCAUCGAUCGCUUCGUCUUGCUGCUCUUCGCAAUGCAGAUAUCCUUCGUCACAUCGGACAUCCGAUUGUCAGUCCUGUGCCCUGAAAUCCAUCUUAAAAAAGCGCAAUUGUUGCCAGUCUAAUACGAGUAGUUACUGCCUGUGCCAACCGAUGCCACGCAGCUGUAAUUGCCCGCCACCAAUUCAUGUGGACGCACGUGCUACUCACGAGUGUUCCUGCGAUUGUCCAUCCAGCCCGGAAUGCGCCUGUCCACCUAGCGAACGAAGAUUCCCAAAAGUGAUGAUUAAAUGUCCCAACGCGCGUCUCUGCUGUCCAUCUCCUCGAUUACCACCCUGCCCCAAGUAUCAUUGCUCGUGUCAACCAAGAUGUCUACCACCAUCCUGCAAUCCAUGCACAUCUUUCAAGUGUCAACGAUCCAUUUCAACCAAGGAUUCUUGCCAACCUAACUCACCAUGUCCAUCCUGCCGACCAAUUUCGAUCACUUCGUCUUGUCAUCCUCCGAUGCCUUGCAGAGAAUUGACCUUUUGCACUGAGCGUAACGAUCGACUCUCUUCGCCCUGUACAGGUCAGUCUUGGCGUGAGAUCAUUAGCGAUAAAAACUCGAAAAGUAACAUCUGUAAUGAACAAAAUGACGAUAAGGCACGAAAAACAUGUGUUAAAAAAGAUAGUAACUAUUGUUAUUGCGUGACGGAUUGCGCUGGAUCCGAGGAUGAGUCCAAAUAUGCUGAUCAAAGUCGCGAUUUAAUAUUAGACGAGGAAUCUAUACAAAAUUCAACGUCAAAAACAUUUAUUAAUUUAACGGAUACCACAAAUCCUUCGAAGUCUGUCGAUCCUGGCUCGUGUGAUGUGCCGGAGCAAAGGGAUGAGAUCGCUUUUGAAAAUACAACAAAGGCUUUUGAAGCAUGUACCACUGAAAAAUCUUCGAAGGAUUCAUGGUACACUCCAUGUACUCCAUGUCAUAUUCCAUCCAACAAUGAUACAAAGUCCGAUUGUGUAUUCCGCAAGGAAUGUCCGGCCGCUGGCGGAAACGUGUCUAGGAAUCCUGUUUUGGCAAGAUUAUUGAGUCGCAUUAAAUCAUUUAAUCGGGUAAGAGAUUUAUCAACUCCAAAUAAAACGCUGUUUCGACAACAACAUAGAGUUACUUUUUGCAAUGUUCCGCGAGCGCGUGUCAGAUUGUUGGCGGAUGCUUCAAUAAGCAAAAGCAAUCCGACAACCACAUCGACACAUGGAAUCGACAGACGACGCAGGAAUGGUGGAUCUUUGAAAGAAGAUACUAGCUUACAACGAGAAAAUUGA